AUGUUGGUAAUGAUGAACGAAAAGCAGAGUCAUGGUCUCAAAAACAUAGGAAUUGAGGCAUGUGAAAAUAAAACGGUUCCUCAUAGUAGUACAGAGCAGGCAGCGUCCUCGAAGGGCAAGAGCGGCAGCUCCUCAAGGUGGAGAGGCAGCGUCCUCAGAACAGAGCAGGCAGCGUCCCCAGGUGCACAACAGGCAGCGCCUCAGGGGCAAGAGAGCAGGCAGCGUCCUCUGAUUGCAACAGGGCAGGCAGCUUCCAGGUGCAACAGAGCAGGCAGCGUCCUCAAGGUGCAACAGAACAGGCAGCGUCCCCAAGGGGCAAGAGGCAGGCAGCGUCCUCAAGGUGCAACAGAGCAGGCAGCGUCCUCAGGGGCAAAGAGCAGGCUGCGUCCUCAGAGUGCAACAGAGCAGGCAGCUUCCUCAGGUGCAACAGAGCAGGCAGCGUCCUCAAGGUGCAAGAGAAGGCUGCGUCCUCAAGGCAACAGAGCAGGCGCUUUCGGUGCAACAGAGCGGCAGCGUCUCAAGGUGCAACAAGGCAGCGUCUCAGGGAAGGCAGGCAGCGUCCUCAAGGUGCAACAGAGCAGGCAGCGUCCUCAAGGGCAACAGAACAGGCAGCGUCCUCAGGGGCAACAGAGCAGGCAGCGUCCUCGAAGGUGCAACAGAGCAGGCAGCGUCCUCCAAAGAGCAGAGAAGCGUUCUCAAGGUGCAACAGAGCAGCUUCCUCAAGGUGCAACAGAGCAGGCAGCGUCCUCAAGGGUGCAACAGAGCAGGCAGCGUCCUCGAGGGCGAGGCAGGCAGCGUCCUCGAAGGGGCAAGAGAGCAGGCAGCGUCCUCAAGGUGCAACAGAGCAGGCAGCGUCCUCAAGGGGCAAGAGAGCAGGCUGCGUCCUCAAGGUGCAACAGAGCAGGCAGCGUCCUCAAGGUGCAAGAGAGCAGGCAGCGUCCUCAAGGUGCAACACAGCAGGCAGCGUCCUCAAGGUGCAACACAGCAGCAGGUUCCUCCUCUGUCAGGAGUUCUAGGCAGCCGGCAUCCGCGUGGUUGAGUGAGUCAUCGGUAUCCCCGGAUAAGGCUCUGUCUCCACCCCUCACUACCUCGCCCUUCAAAUCCAAUCCCCGGAAAUUGUGCCCGUCGGAAUCAUCCCCGGACAAACGUCCCCGGAGUGCCUCUAUCCCCCAGUCGCCCUCGAUCUGCCUGUCUUGGAGUGCCAGUGCACCUGAGAUCAUCACGGAGCGCUUCCCUCGGAGUGUGUCGCUCCCGGAUUCGUCCCUUGAGGAGCAACUUUGGCCGGACUCAGUGCCUGACUCGCCCUCGGGUAAGGCCACCCCCUGGACUAGGCUCCUACCUCGGACGCACUCGUCCCUGGUCUCGCUCUCGGGGUCACCUUCUUACGUGUCCCUGGACUCGAGUCCACCGUCGUCGCCGCCGUCCUCGCCCCCAGGUCACGGAGGGUUCAACAUGCCGCGACCCCUGGCACAGAGCGCCCUCAUGAGGCCAUUCGUGGCCCUGGCGCUGCCCGGGAUGUACCUCGUCUAUAAGUAUAACCAGUACAAGAGGCAGCAGCAAGAAGCCAACCGACGCAAAGCAGCAGAGAGGGAACUUGUGCAGCUCAACCACAAAAUCCUCUCCUUACUGCACCCCUGGCCCGCUCUCCUUACUGCACCCCUGGCCCGCUCUCCUACUGCACCCCUGGCCCGCUCUCCUUCUUGCACCCCCGGCCCGCUCUCCUUACUGCACCCCGGCUCUCGCCUGCACCCUGGCCAGCUCUCCUGCACCAAUGGCCCGCUCUCUAACUGCACCCCUGGCCCUGCUUCUCAUACUGCACCUGGCCCGCUCUCCUUACUGCACAUGCACCCCUGGCCCGCUCUCCUUACUGCACCCCCGGCCCGCUCUCCUUACUGCACCCUGGCCCGCUCUGCACCCCUGGCCCGCUCUCCUUCUGCACCCCGGCCCGCUCUCCUUACUGCACCCCGGCCCGCUCUCCUUACUGCACCCCUGGCCCGCUCUCCCUGCACCCUGGCCCGCUCUCCUUACUGCACCCCCGGCCCUGCUCGCAACUGCACCCCUGGCCCGCUCUCCUUACUGCACCCCUGGCCAGCUCUCCUUACUGCACCCCCGGCCAAGCACACCUUACACCUUUGGUUUUCCCUUCAAAGUCACACAGCGAUCUGA